AUGAUCUCCAUGGUGACUGGACUAAUUCACAUUCUCACCAGCCAUAUAAGUACCCUCCCCCAUCACACUCCACCACUUCAUCCUCAUUAUUGCACCCCCACCCCCACCACUGCAUCCUCACCACUGCAUCCUCACCACUGCAUCCUCACCACUGCAUCCUCACCACUGCAUCCUCACCACUGCAUCCUCACCACUGCAUCCCCACCACUGCAUCCCCACCACUGCAUCCCCACCACUGCAUCCUCACCACUGCAUCCUCACCACUGCAUCCUCACCACUGCAUCCUCACCACUGCAUCCUCACCACUGCAUCCUCAUCACUGCAUCCCCACCACUGCAUCCUCACCACUGCAUCCUCACCACUGCAUCCUCAUCACUGCAUCCCCACCACUACAUCCUCAUCACUGCAUCCUCACCACUGCAUCAUUACCACUACAUCCUCAUCACCACUGCAUUCUUACCACUGCAUCCUCAUCACUGCAUCCCCACCACUGCAUCCUCACCGCUGCAUCCUCACCACUGCAUCAUUACCACUGCAUCCUCACCACUGCAUCCUCACCACUGCAUCCUCACCAUCACAUCACCACCACUGCAUCCCCACCACUGCAUCCUCACCGCUGCAUCCUCACCACUGCAUCAUUACCACUACAUCCUCAUCACCACUGCAUUCUUACCACUGCAUCCUUACCACUGCAUCCUCACCACUGCAUCCUCAUCACUGCAUCCCCACCACUGCAUCCUCACCACUGCAUCAUUACUACAUCCUCAUUACCACUGCAUCCUUACCACUGCAUACUAUCACUGCAUCCUCACCACCACUGCAUCCUCAUCACUGCAUCCUCACCACUGCAUCCUCACCAACAUUUGCUGUUUGUUCUCUUAA